AUGGCAUCAAAUUUUUAUUGGAAAGCUGGCAGCGUCCUAGGUCUUACUGCACUGGCUUUGGGUGCCUUUGGUGCACAUGGUCUCGCCAAGCAUGUAAACAAUGACCAGACAAAGAUUAGAAACUGGACUAUGGCGGCUGAAUUUCAGUUAAUGCACGGCGUUGCUUUAUUGGCCUUGUCUUCUAUUCCCUCCACUGUAAGACGAAUUCAUCCUGCCGCCUCGCCCUUGAUUUUGGGUGGCACGAUCAUGUUCAGUGGUACAAUUUACCUGUUGACCUUGAAGCGUGAACAGUUCCGAGCUCUUGGCCCUGUGACACCUUUGGGUGGAUUGGCCAUGAUGGCUGGCUGGGCUACCCUUCUCUUGUAA